AAAAUUUCAGGAUCCACCGACCAUCGAUUCAAUAAUCUUUGAAACUCGUGCGAAAAUAAAAAUAAAAUUCCUGUGAAACCAAAUUAGAGGAUUACCCUCUAUUUAUAAUCUUUCAAGAACACGUAAGGAAACGCUCACCAGAUCAAUAUGGCUCAGGCCGGGUCGGACAGCGUGCAGCUGCUGGGCAUGUGGUCGAGCCCGUUCGUCCUGAGGGCUCGAGUCGGGCUCCACCUCAAGUCCGUGACGUACGACUACUUGGAAGAGAAAGAUGUCCUCAACGACAAAAGCGAGCUUCUGCUCAAACACAACCCUGUUUACAAGACCGUCCCCGUCCUCGUCCAUGGCGACAGACCCGUGUGCGGCUCCCUUAACAUAGUUCAGUACAUCGACGAGGUCUGGCCUUCGGAUCCUCCCAUUCUUCCUUCCGACCCGUUCGACCGUGCUACGGCUCGGUUCUUGGCCGAGUAUAUCGACGAACACUGUGUAGGAGCCAUCGGGGGGCUGGCAGGGGCAAAGGACGAGGAGGGAAGAAAGGUGGCGAAGACGAAGCUGGAAGAAUGUUUGGAUGUAAUCGAAACAGAAUUUGGAAAGCGCAGCAAAGGCAAAGACUUCUUCGGAGGUGACAGUGUCAAUCUCGUAGAUAUUGCCUUCGGCUGCGUCUUAGGACCCCUCCGGGUGGCCGAGAGGUUUUCCGGCCUUCAGUUCCUCCGUCAAGACAAAACUCCGUCUCUUCUCCGUUGGGCCGACAAGUUCUGCCGCCAUAACGCCGUCAAGCCUUACAUGCCCACCAUUGACAAGCUCGUUGAGUUCGCCAAGAUCAAAUUCAAUAACUAAUGCAUAAUGAUUUCCUGGUCUCUUUCACUUUUUUUUUUCUUUUCAAAGUACGUCUCUUUCUUGUUCUUGUUACCAUUUUCAAUCUAUCUUUCUAUUUUAUUGAUGUUAGUUUGUUCUUCUUCAA